AUGCCCAAAUGGAGUGUUCUCUCUUGGACGGCUCUUAUUACCGCAUAUACCGCGAAAGGGCAUAUCAAAGAGGCGGAGAGAAUCUUCUACGAGAUGCCGCAGCGUGAUAUUGUCGCAUGGAACGCUCUACUUUUUUCUUCAUUACAAAGUUACCAUGUAGAAAAAGUGGAGAGAUGUUUUGAAAUGUUACCAAAACACGACACUUUUUCUUGGAACACUGUUCUUGCUGCGUAUGCCCAAAGUGGGCAUAUUAAAACAGCCAAGCUUUUGUUUGAUACGAGAAUGCCCUUCCACAAUGCCUCUGGAUGGAACACUUUAAUCACUGCCUAUGCCCUGGCGGGUUCGGUUUUCCAAGAGAUUCUAUCCCUCUUUCGAUCCAUGCUCCAAGGGGGCGUUCGAGCAUCGCAACCCACAUUCGUGGCAAUCCUGGCAGCUUUCAGCCACGCCGGGCUACUCGAUCCGGCAAUCCAGUGCUUCUACUGGAUGAUAUCGGAUCACUCGAUCGAACCGGCGCUGGAUCACUACUGCUGCGUCGUGGAUCUCCUGGGCCGAAUUGGGAUGCUCGAGCAAUCGGAGGAUCUCCUCCAAAACAUGCCCUUUCUUCCCAGCGACGUGGCGAUGAACACGCUGCUGGGCGCGUGCCGGAUCCAGGGAGAUGUUGGAUGCGGCGAUCGCAAUGCAGGAGAGCUCUUGCGAUUGGAUCCAAAAUCAUAUGCUCUUCUUUCAAACCUCUAUGCUACUUGA